UUGAACUCAGAUGCGUGAGGAAUCCUUUAGAUGGACAUUCAGUCUGCCUGCAAAUAGGACUACUGUUGCCCCUCUUGAGCAUGGGAACCAUGGCAUUGCAUCGUGUGUUUGGAAUACUUGUUUUCCUCAGUGUUUGUCUGAUUUCUUUCACACCGGCUUGCGGUGGAGGAAAUAUUCUGGUGUAUCCUGUAGAUGGCAGCCACUGGGUCAAUAUGAAGAUCCUGCUAGAAGAACUUCAUGCCAGGGGACACAACAUCACUGUGAUCAGGGCAUCCACCAGCUGGUACAUCCCAGAAAAGUCUCCUCUCUACACAUCCAUUACCAUCAAAAUGAAUGAAGGAUUAGAGGAUUUCUUUGAGGUGUACCUAGAGGAGCAUAUGAGGGCGCAGAGAGAGGGGGCUUCAGCACUUACUUUCUUCAAACUCACCAAGGAUUUCCUUUCAAUGAUUUCUAGGGCCCAUUCAUUGUCCCUUCAAGUCUUUGAUGAUGAAAAGGUGAUCAAAACCUUCAUGGAUUCCCAAUAUGAUCUUGUUCUCACUGACCCAGCCAUAGCAGCAGGGGUUGUAUUAGCCAAGUAUCUAAAACUGCCCAUGGUGCUCAAUGUUCGCUGGAUCACCAGCGGAGAAGGCCACUUUGCGAUAGCCCCCUCACCGCUCUCUUACAUCCCAGUGCCAGGGUCAGGCUUAACAGACAAAAUGAAUUUCAUCCAGAGGAUCAAGAACAUUUUUUUCUACAGCAUUGUAGUGUUCCAGCAGAAAUUCAUGGUGGGGCCAAGCUAUGAUGCCAUCUGUGAUAAAUAUAUCAAGGGUGGAUGUGACAUCAUCUCGCUACUUCAGGAGGCAGACAUUUGGCUGUUCAGGUCAGAUUUUGUGUUUGACUUCCCUCGGCCCACAAUGCCGAAUGUUAUCUACAUAGGAGGGUUCCAGUGCAAACCAGCCCAACCUCUGCCAGCAGACCUGGAGGACUUUGUUCAGAGUGCUGGGCAGCACGGAGUCAUCAUCAUGACUCUGGGCACUUUGGUCAACGCUUUGCCCAAAGAGGUAGCUGAUGAAAUUGCCAGCGUCUUUGCCAAGAUGCCUCAGAAGGUGAUAUGGAGGCACAAAGGGGAGCGUCCCUCUACUUUGGGCAAAAACACCUUGAUAGUGGACUGGAUGCCACAGAAGGACCUCCUGGGCCACCCACAGACCAAAGUCUUUGUUGCUCAUGGAGGAACCAACGGAGUCCAGGAGGCCAUUUAUUACGGGGUCCCUGUGCUCGGCAUACCCUUGUUCUUUGACCAGUAUGACAACCUUCUACGUCUGCAGGAGAGAGGAGCAGCAAAGAUCAUUCAGCUGGGUGACGUUAGUGGCCACAGUUUUGAGCAAGGUAUUAAUGAAGUGCUCCAUCAAGAAAGCUACAGACAGAACAUGCAAAGACUGUCACGUUUGCACAGAGAUCAGCCAAUGGCACCCAUGGAUCAGGCCAUCUACUGGGUGGAGUAUGUGAUGCGCCAUAAAGGGGCUCCUCACCUGCGUACAGAGGCCUAUAAGAUGCCAUGGUACUCAUACUACUGUUUUGAUGUACUGCUACUAUUGCUGACUGCAACGACUGUACUGCUGUUUUCUACUUUGGCUGUUUUCAGGUUCCUAUGCUGCAGAGGUAGAAGAAAGACCAAAACCAAGCAACACUGAUUAUGGUCAAAUUUGUUUAGAAAUGUUCUGCACUGAGUUCUCUAAAGCAUUACAUAUAGACAAAACCAUACAUACAUAUCUU